AUGCCAUCUGAUGGUCCGGGCCGCCGGAGGCACAUACCGCCUCGGCUGCAACUGGGUCGUCUGUGCCUGGUCGGCACCUGGUGUGCGACUGUCCUUCGUUGUCUCUCGGCAACCAUCCCAUGGCUGCCUUCUGCACUGUUUGGCUGCACUCCCUUCGCUAUCUUUGAUGAUAUCCCAGCGCUUGAUUUGAUCUCGGCGACCUGCCUGUCGAGCCACCCACUUGCUGCCGCGUCGCCGUCCUCCAGCCUCGCAUUGCGCCAUCCCCUGCUGUCAUCUCUUUCACCCGCUCUCCCAGCCGGGCCGACAUGCAGACCGCUGCCGCGUUGCACCACGGCCGUUGCUUUCCAGGUCAAUUCUUCACGUGUUCAUACUCUGGUCACGCUCUCGGCUGGGUUCGCCUUGUCUCAGCCCCGCCGCCGUUUCCGGGCCGGUUGCGCGUCUCCCGACAGGCUGCACCACUUUGGCUGUCGCGGUCGUUUUGAUGGUAUUCCUAAGGUCUGGGCCGCCGGAGGCCAACGAAGCUGUCGGCUGUGUGCUGCCGCACAUGCCGCAGCGGCGCCGAUUAACCGGGCAUGUGAAGAUGGAGCUUGGGUCGAUAACGCGUCCGGGCACCUCUCUCACUUUCUCUGCCGUGCUUUUCGGCCCGCCGCCCUCAAAUUGAUGGUGCCGCCGGAGGCCAACGCCAACGCGGGCCUGCAACGCUGUCGGCUAUGUGGACGGCGCGGUACGACUUAUUGCGGGAGCGAAAUGGCGGGGCCAUGGGGCAAGAGGGUGGAUAGAGCGCUGUUUGUUGGGCUGCACGAUGGAGCAGGAGACGGUGCUUAUGGUGUUAGGGCGGAUGGCGCGAAAGGACGCGUCAAAACGGACUUACUUCGACAACGUCCCUGGCGACCAGCAGGGCUGACGUGGCACAUCCCCGUCGCUGGCUAUGAAGACAAGGUCGAUGAGGUUGCGCGGGAGCGGGGUUACAAGAACAGGGACACGAUUAACGUGUCGAGGGAGGGCAUGGGCGAGGCCUACGAGGCGAAGAUUAGGGGGUUCUUCGAAGAACACAUGCACGAGGACGAAGAGAUCCGAUACAUACUGAGCGGGAGCGGCUUCUUCGAUGUCCGCGAAACACCGUCUGACGCUUGGAUUCGGGUGGCUGUUCAGCCCGGCGACCUACUUGUCCUGCCUGCUGGCAUCUACCAUCGCUUUACUCUGGACGAGCGGGACAACAUCAAGGCCCUGCGGCUAUUCCAAGACGAGCCAAAGUGGAUUCCCCACGCGCGAAGCAGUGCGACUGAUAUCAACGACCAUCGCGUGGGCUACCUGCGAGCCAUAGGAGUCGGCGCUUGA